CGAGUGAAAUGUCUCGCUUCCUGUUUCAUCUCUGAUAACUAUGAUCCAUAUCCGAUUUCMGAUUUCCUGAUAUGAUUAGGGGUUGGGAAAGAACGAAGUUCAUUCAAUUUAGCUAGUCUUUUCUGAAACGUAACUGUUUCGUAUGAUUUGGGCAUUUAGAGUACGGUGUAACUCAAGUAUUACGAUUCAGUAAACGUACAAAGGCAAAGCGCUGUUUUUAUUUGUGAAAAGAAGCGGCUAGGUUAGCCAGCUAGAUUUAGKUAAAGCCUUUAGCCUGCACUGUUGAAAUGUCUGCCUCGGCCGGUGUCUCUCCGUCAGCCCAGGGCACUGCACUGGUCAGUCCAGGCACGGGGAUGUCCAUGUUUCGGUGGCUUGAGGUUCUUGAGAAGGAGUUUGACAAGGCGUUUGUUGACGUCGAUUUACUACUGGGAGAAAUCGAUCCAGAUCAAGCUGACAUCACCUACGAGGGUCGUCAAAAGAUGACAAGUCUCAGCUCCUGUUUUGCUCAGCUUUGCCACAAAGCCCAGACAAUUUUUCAACUUAAUCACAAAGUCGAGGCUCAGCUGGUUGGCCUGCGAUCGGAGCUGACUGACGUGCAGGCAGAGAAGGUGGUGGUGGAGAGGGAGGUCCACGACCAGCUCCUCCAGCUCCAUGCCAUGCAGCUGCAGCUUCACGCCAAGGCUGGACAGACCGUGGACUCGGACUCCAUCAAAGACAGGAUGCCUGUUCCCUCAGUGGAGGAGAUGGAGAGGGAGCUGCAGGCCAACAAGAAGGAGAAGGUGAAGGAAGUGAAGUUGGAGGCAGAGGUCAAGCUGCAUAAGAAGGAGAAUGAGGCCCUCCGCAGGCACAUCGCCGUACUGCAGGCUGAGGUCUACGGGGCCAGACUGGCAGCCAAGUACCUGGACAAAGAGCUGGCUGGAAGGGUUCAGCAGAUCCAGUUACUGGGUCGGGACAUGAAGGGGCCCGCUCAUGACAAACUAUGGAACCAGCUGGAGGCUGAGAUCCACCUCCACCGCCACAAGACAGUCAUCCGAGCCUGCAGGGGGCGCAACGAUCCCAAGAAACCCCUACCGUCUCCAGUAGGGCAUGAAACCGAUGUACUGAAGAAGACCCAAGGAGUUGGUCCUAUUCGUAAAGUAGUUCUGGCCAAAGAAGAUCACGAGGGACUUGGAAUUUCAAUCACGGGUGGUAAGGAACACGGGGUGCCCAUCCUGAUCUCAGAGAUCCAUCCUACCCAGCCUGCGGAGCGCUGUGGGGGGCUCCAUGUGGGUGAUGCCAUCCUGGCUGUCAACAGCAUCAACCUGAGGGACGCCAAACACAAGGAAGCUGUCACCAUCCUCUCACAACAGAGGGGAGAGAUAGAGUUUGAGGUUGUGUACGUAGCCCCGGAGGUGGACUCUGACGAUGAGAACGUGGAGUAUGAGGAUGACGGCGGCCAUCGCUACCGGCUCUACCUAGAUGAGCUGGAGGAGGGGUCAGCCGCCAGCAGGAACAACGGCACCGCAGACGCCGCAUCGCUACAAGCUCUGGAGAAGAUGUCAGUGAGUGACAGCCCGGAGAACGGAGACACCGGGAUCUCCAGUGAGACACCAUCGGAGGAGACCCUGUCUAAGGCUGCUGAGUCCGGAGAGAGCUCGUCAUAGAGAGAGAGAGGGAGGGAGGGAGGGGGGGAGCUGAAAGACUGAAGUGCAUGUGUGUUUGUGUACUAUACUGUAUGAGAUUUGAGAGACUGGACUGCACCAGAGUCCCCCGGAGGAUAUAUGUGGGGAUAGAGUUGACUCAUCAUUAAGUUGUUAUGGAAACGCACUCGGAGCUCUGUUGAUUCACGUCACUAUCUUCGUGCAGUGGUGAGGAGCCAAUGAGAUGAGACCCGAUAUUGAGGAGAGGAUGUGGGUCUAGUUUGGAGAAGAUAGUAGAAUCGAUGGAUGGUAUAUCCCUCAACUGAGUGGUAUAUUUCUCUGUUUGUGUAUAGUUACUGAUCCUUUUUGCCCCCACACUGACUACACUACCUUACUGGGACUGCCAUGCUGGAUACUAUUUUACAAGGCAGAGAAAGAUCUUCUCCCUUCAUAAAUGUUGGCUUUUAUUUUUAUCUUCCACAUGUAGCUACUGUAGAUGAGGGUUUUUCUCUCAACUUGAAUGUUCAUCUUCUACCACUGAUUAUGAUAUCGAUGUUGAAUCCCACGUCAAACCUGCACCGCUCUAAGAUCCACCAGUAGGCCUAGUCCUUUGUUCAGAAUGAGAGAGUUACAUUCACCUACUUUAUGUCAAAACAGAAUGUACAGGGAAAGAAUUCUAACUAUAUGAACUUUGAGGGUGUUCCAUCUGUGUUUGAUUAAUGGUAUCACAGAAUGUCACCAUAGUUCAGUGUUUAAAUGCUGGAUACAUCUGUUUUUCAGUCCUCUGAGGACUCAUUACACAAUGUUUUUCUUUAAUGACCCAGUGCACCAGUUAAAAAAAAAAAAAAAU